AUGGACGAUAGCAGUACGGCGGCCGUGUCGUCGAUCCUGCAGCGCGACUUUUCGCGCAUGCCGCUCAAGUUGGAUCACAGCAGUCGGCCGUUAUGGAUCUCGCCAGAUGAUGGGCACAUCAUUCUCGAGGGAUUCAAUGCACUAGCCGAGCAAGCGCAAGACUUUUUGAUUGCGAUUGCUGAGCCGGUGAGUCGUCCCACGCAUGUGCACGAGUACAAGCUUACACCGUACUCGCUGUACGCCGCUGUAUCUGUAGGUCUCGAACCUGAAGACAUUAUCGAGGUGCUGAAUCGUCUGUCAAAGGUGCCUGUCCCGAAGCCUGUCUUUGACUUUAUCCGCGAGUAUACUAUGAGCUUCGGCAAAAUCAAACUGGUGCUCAAACAGAAUCGCUACUUUGUCGAAAGCUCUCAUCCCGAGAUUCUGCAGCUACUGCUGCGCGACCCUAUCAUCGGUGACUCGCGUAUUCGGCCCACCGAGUCUGCUGAUCGCGAUGAGCAUAGGCAGGCUCAAGGCGCUGAACAGCCGCCCAAGGACGGCGAGCAGGACUUGUUCAGCGCUGUGAUUGGCGUAUACGAUGCCGAUGAACUUGAUGAAGACGAUGCCGUGCACAGCUUUGAAAUCCGCGAGGAGGAAAUCGAGAGAGUCAAGCGACGCUGCAACGAUCUCGGCUUCCCGAUGCUGGAGGAGUACGAUUUUCGAAACGACAAGCUGAAUCCAGACCUCGAUAUCGAUCUCAAGCCCAUAACGCAUAUCCGGCCGUACCAGGAAAAGAGCCUUGCCAAAAUGUUUGGUAACAGCCGCGCUCGCAGUGGCAUUAUCGUGCUUCCCUGCGGCGCUGGCAAAACGCUCGUGGGUAUUACGGCCGCAUGCACGAUCAAGAAGAGCUGUCUUGUCCUGUGCACGAGUAGUGUGAGUGUCAUGCAAUGGCGCCAACAAUUUCUGCAAUGGAGCAAUGUCCAAGAUUCCCAGGUCAGCGUAUUUACGGCCGAUGAGAAACAGAAGUUCUCGGGCGCCGCUGGCAUUGUCGUGUCGACCUACUCCAUGGUCGCCAACACCGGCAAACGGUCGCACACUUCCCAGAAAAUGAUGAACUUCCUCGAGAGCCGCGAAUGGGGUUUUAUUCUGCUGGACGAAGUGCAUGUCGUGCCAGCAUCCAUGUUCCGUCGCGUCCUGACGAAGAUCAAGGCGCAUGCCAAGCUUGGACUGACAGCGACGCUCGUGCGUGAAGACGAGAAGAUCGACGAACUCAACUUCCUUGUCGGACCAAAACUGUAUGAAGCUAACUGGAUGGACCUCGCUGCCAAAGGACACAUUGCCACCGUGCAGUGUGCGGAGGUUUGGUGCCCGAUGACUGCCGAAUUCUAUCGCGAGUACCUCCGUGAACGCAGCCGCAAGAAGAUGCUACUGUACUGCAUGAAUCCGACCAAGUUCCAGGCGGCACAGUACCUCAUCCACUACCACGAAAGUCGCGGUGACAAGAUCAUUGUGUUUUCUGACAAUGUAUAUGCCUUGGAGGCGUAUGCUAUCAAGCUCGGCAAGCCCUAUAUUCACGGAGGCACACCACAAAUCGAGCGUAUGCGUAUCCUACAAAAUUUCCAGCAUAAUCCCAUUGUGAAUACCAUUUUCCUGUCCAAGGUCGGUGAUACCUCGAUUGACCUGCCUGAAGCAACGUGCCUCAUCCAGAUAUCAUCACAUUUUGGCUCGCGCCGUCAAGAGGCACAGCGCCUCGGACGUAUCUUGCGUGCCAAGCGUCGCAACGACGAGGGCUUUAACGCGUUCUUCUACAGUCUCGUCAGCCGCGACACGGCCGAGAUGUAUUACUCUACGAAGCGGCAGCAGUUCCUAAUUGAUCAGGGCUAUGCGUUCCGCGUCAUUAUGAACCUUGUCGGCCAGGAAAAUAUGCCCGGCCUCGUGUAUGCGACUAAGUCGGAGCAGAUUGAGCUGCUUCAGAGCGUUCUCAUUGCCAGCGAAAGUGCCGCCGACCUGAGCACCGAUACCAAGCUGGCUUCAGACGACGUUAAAGCUGCCACCUCCACUUCUGCGGCUCCCAGUGCCAAGCGCAUGAUGAGCAGCCUGAAUGCUCUCGGCGGUGCCCAGCACAUGUCGUACGUCGAGCGCAACCGCUCGAUGAACAAGACCCUCACGCACGACCAGCCACGCCACAAGGCAUUCCAGAAACGCGCGGCCAAUGCCAAGAAAAAGGUAUAG